CCUCCACAAUCUGAAAUCGCAAUCACCAAAACCAUUCCCAUGGACGCUCCUCCUUUCCAAUCCUCUCGAAGCUGGAGCAUAUAUGGCCGCUCCGAGAUCACUGAGCAUUACGAGAUCCUCGAACGGAUAGGCUCGGGUGCCUACUCCGAUGUCUAUCGCGGCCGCCGGCUCUCUGACGGGCUCUUCGUCGCUCUCAAGGAAAUCCACGACUACCAAAGCGCAUUUCGCGAAAUCGAGGCACUCCAAAUCCUCCGCCACGCUCCCAAUGUGGUCGAACUCAUCGAGUACUUUUGGCAGGAGGACGAAGAUGCCGUUCUCGUUCUCGAAUUCCUCCACGCUGACCUCGCCGCGGUCAUCCGUGACGGCAAAAAGGCCGGCGUAUUGCCUGCCCGCGAGGUCAAGCAGUGGAUGCUUCAAAUUCUUAGGGGCGUUGACGCCUGCCAUCGGAAUUUGGUUGUCCAUCGCGAUCUUAAACCCUCGAAUCUGCUUAUCUCGGCAGAUGGAGUUCUCAAGCUAGCGGAUUUCGGCCAGGCAAGAAUAAUUCAGGGAACAGGGUUUAUGAAUGAAGAUAGCUUUGUGCUAACUGAGGAAGUUUCCCAAGGUAAGGAAUGGAUUCCUCAAGAUGUUGAAGUUAUUGUAGACAUGAGAAACCAUUCACCUGAUCCGUUAGAGAUUCAGAUCCUGAGUUCCAAAGAAACCAUCAGGCCCCUCAACGAGCAUGAAUACCUUGUUGAAGUAGAAGACAUAAAGGCAAAAUACUCUGACGAGACUGACAUGGACACCAGCCUCCAUGAUGGUGAUGUGUCCUGCCUGGCUACUUGCAGCACUGAUGACAUUGAAGAUGCCCCCUUCAAAAGCUCUUACUCGUAUGAAGUAGCUGAAGGUCGAGCCGAUGAUGAAUCUGGUACCAUGACAUCCUGUGUCGGAACGCGGUGGUUUCGUGCUCCCGAACUCCUUUAUGGUUCUACAAACUAUGGACAGGAGGUUGAUCUCUGGUCUUUGGGUUGUAUUUUUUCAGAGCUACUUAGCUUAGAGCCGCUUUUUCCGGGGAGUUCCGACAUCGACCAGAUAGGCAGAAUCAUCAGUGUUUUGGGGGACUUCAAUGAGGAGACAUCCCCUGGUUGUUCUAAAUUACCAGAUUAUAACAAAAUUGCCUUCAACAAGGUUGAUAAUCCUAUAGGCUUGGAAGGAUGCCUUCAGAACCGUUCUUCGGCCGAAGUUGCUUUUGUGCGAAAACUGGUUCGCUAUGAUCCUGCGACCAGAGCAACUGCAGCGGAGUUGCUGGCUGAUGUGUACUUCAAGGAAGAGCCUCUCCCUGCGCCUUUAAAUGAACUGAAAGUUCCUUCAUCAAGGGAUGGGCAGGAUGAGAAAUCUUCUGGCGAGUGGGGAGAUUACAGGGACAUGGGAUCUGAUUCGGAUUUUGAUGAUUUUGGUGGGGUGACAGUUGCCAGCACUGGCAAAGGUUUCUCGAUCAGAUUUUCUUGAUGUACGAACUUCAUCAAGGAUGUUUCAUAUAUAAUAUUUAUUUAUGGUAACAAAAAUUUUCUAUUAGCUUAGCAAUUAGUGUGUGGUAAUGCAAGAAUAAUGAAGCUUAACCUGGUUUACAGCUACAGAAUGUUUUUGGUGAGAAUGUAAUAUAUCAACAUUCGGUUGAAAAAGGGGGGAGUUGGAACUGUAAUUCUGCUUCAGGCCAUAAUGAUUGCCAGGUUGAUAUUGUUUUGUCA